GUUUUUUCGAAUUGUUACAGUAUGUCGAGGAAGCUGAGAAACUGAGCUUCAUCUCUCUCUGAAACUCUGAAAAUGCCGAGACCCUCGACGCCAUUGGCGUCUCUGCAACUUCGAGCCCUACUCCUUCGCCGCUUCUCUUCAUCUUCUUCGCCUAUUCAACCUCAGCGUCUUUUUCAUCCUCCAUUUUCUCUCUCUAAACCCUCAUUUCUCUGUCCUCUAGCACGAACCCAUCAGCACUGUUAUCCGGCCAGCUACUCUCCCUCUUUACCCAUCUCUCUUUCCUCCUCCAGAACCUUCUCAUCAACCCAGAUCGACCCAUUUCAAGAUUCAGAAGAGAUCGCCCAAUCUCUCUCCACUGAGCUCCUUAAAGACCCAGACUCUGACUCUCUCUCUAUAACCCAACACCUAGACCUCCACUUCUCUCACAUCACCCUAACCCCUUCUCUGAUUCUCCACACGCUCAAUAUUUCCCCAGAAGCAGGCCGUACAGUUUUAGGGUUUUACAAAUGGGUCUCUUCAAGACCUAAUUUCAAACCCACCGACGAGACAGUCUCGUAUUUCGUCGAUUACUUCGGUCGCCGGAAAGAUUUUAAGGCUACACACGACGUCCUCGUCAACGGUCGUGGCAUUGUGGGGGCUAAAACCCUAGAAUCUUCCAUUGAUCGGCUUGUUAGGGCUGGUCGACCGACUCAGGCAGUGUCCUUUUUUGAUCGAAUGGAGAAAGAUUAUGGUUUUAUUCGAAACCUUGAGUCACUGAAAUUGAUUGUGUCGAAGUUGUGUGAAAAAGGAUUUGCGAGUCAUGCUGAGAAAAUGGUGAAGAGUUUGGCAAAUGAAUUCUUUCCGGAUGAAUAUAUAUGUGAGGUGCUGAUCAAAGGGUGGUGUGUUGAUGAGAAGCUUGAUGAGGCUAAGAGGUUGGCAGGGGAGAUGUAUAGGGGUGGUUUUGAGAUUGGUACUGUGGCAUAUAAUGCAAUUCUUGACUGUGUGUGUAAGCUUUGUAGGAAAAAGGACGUGUUUCGGCUUCAAUCAGAGGCUGAGCAGGUGUUGGUUGAUAUGGAUGUUGCAGGUGUUCCCCGCGAUGUGGAAACAUUCAAUGUGUUGAUUAACAAUUUGUGUAAGAUUCGAAAGACGGAGGAGGCACUGAAUUUGUUUCAUAGAAUGGGUGAAUGGGGUUGUUAUCCGGAUGAGACAACAUUUAUUGUUCUUAUCAAGAGUUUAUACCAGGCUGCAAGGAUUGGGGAGGGAGAUGAGAUGAUUGACAGAAUGAAAUCUGCAGGGUUUGGGGAUGCUCUUGAUAAGAAGGCAUAUUUUGGGUUCUUGAAGAUUUUGUGUGGAAUUGAGAGAAUUGAUCAUGCUAUGAGUGUUUUUGCCAAGAUGAAGGAGGAUGGUUGCGGACCUGGAAUCAAGACUUAUGAUUUGUUAAUGGGAAAGUUGGUUGCUCACGGCCGUGUUGCUAAAGCAAAUGCUCUUUACCAGGAAGCUGAGAAUGCAGGGGUUCCAGUGACACCCAAAGCUUACAAGGUGGAACCAAGGUUUGUGAAGAAAAAACCUGCAGCUGUGAAGAAGGAGAAAAAGAGGGAGACCUUGCCUGAGAAAAGGGCCAGGAAGAGGAGGACUCUUAAGAAACUCCGGCUAAGUUAUGUAAAAAAGCCAAAGAAGAUGAUGCGUAGAACCUUCUGAUAUUCUUAAAAACUUGCCUGUAUGAUGAUGCAUCUCUCAAAUGGUAACGGAGAUUUGAGUGCCUUUGUAGAAUUUUGAUAAAUCAACUUUGAUGUUUUUUGUUGUUUUACUUUUCUGUUUGCAACAUUAGAUAAUAAAAUUUAUUUCUGAGUAGAUUCCUUUAA